AUGAAUGACAGCUCCAAGCGAAAGGUGGCAUUCCUGUUCAAACCAGCUUCCGACUUCGACCUCUUAAAAGUGGUAAUACACAUUCAGCCGUUUGAUGCUCCUUAUGAAGCUGACAAAACACGUUGGGAAGAGGUUGCUGCAAACAUGUGCAUCACACACGGCGACACUUUGACUGCUGUUUCCUGUCGUAAGCGGUUCGACGAUUUGAUCGUCGCAUUCAAGGACGACAAACUGAACUCCCUCCGUGCAUCAGGCACAGAGGAAGAGUACAAUGAGCGAGAACAAUUGAUGCAGGACAUCGUGGACCUGAUGAAUACCUCGCAAGACCGCAAGCGUUCUGUCAAGGAAGAGAAGACGGCCAAGUUCGAAAAGCGGGAGAGCGAUGGUGAGAGAUUGCGUGACGCUGCAAUGCGAGCUUAUGCUGCCAAGCGGAAGUCUAUCGAUGAUGAAAGUGACGUCGACGUUCCGCCAGACGAGGGCAAGAAGAAAAAAUUUCGUCUCGUGCAAAAAGUUCCGGACACAGCGAGCGCCCUCGAGAGCUUUGCUGUGCAUUUAGAGCGCGCAAAUGAAUUCAAGUCACGUGAAAUUGAGAGCGCUGCCCAAGCGAAUGCAUUGACUCAACGACGCCUCGAACUCGAUGAGGCUAGGUUUGCUUUGGACAAAUCCGAAAGAGGCGUGAUUGGAGCUCGAUAA